AAUGAGCCUGUAGUUUAACUGAAUUUUUAACUGAAUACCUAAUUGACAAGCCAGUUAAAGACUUCACUUGUCAAUUGAACACGAAAUGAAUUAAAACAAUUAGAACACGGGUUGAUUUAAUAAAAGUGGUACAAAUUAAAUCAAACAGUUUUUCAACCUUUCCCUUCAGACCCCCUCCUCUCUGUCACGAUGACCCGCACUUUCUGCUUGAGCUGCUGCCUCCUGCUGCUGCUGCUGUCUCUCUCCUGUCCCGCUCGUGCUGAACCUCGGCGGACGACGUCUUCUCAGCGCAGGGCGGCUCGCGCACCGGCCGCCAAGGUGCGUCUGGCGGGCAACUUUGCGCGAGAGCCGAACGAGGGGCGCGUGGAGGUCCUGCACAACAACACCUGGGGGACUGUCUGUGAUGAUGAAGUGGACAUCAAACUCGCCAACGUGGUGUGUCGAGAGCUGGGUUUCCAGAGUGGUAUAACGUGGGCGCACAGCGCCAAGUAUGGAGAAGGAACGGGCCCAAUAUGGAUGGACAAUGUACGCUGUGACGGCUCUGAGAACUCCUUGAAAGACUGCAAGCACAAUGGCUGGGGUGUGAAUGACUGUAAACACUCUGAAGACCUGGGAGUGGUGUGCACCCCUCAGCAAAGGCUGGAUCAGACACACAGCAGAGGCCAAACCAACGCCAUCAGGCCCAAUGUUAGCCCUGCACAACAGUGGCAAGGCCUCAUGGCUACCCGCAGGCAUCCAGGAUACGGAAAUUACGGAAAUGGACAUCCAUAUGAGGUGCCCAGGUUACAGCGACAUCACCAUUUCCAGGGUCACAGUAAGGUGCAAAUCGAGGAGGUACGUCUUCGGCCCAUCCUCAUGGCUACCAAGAAGAAGAGCCUGGUCACAGAGGGUAUGGUGCAAGUGAAGCAUGCUGGGAGAUGGAGGCAGGUCUGUGACUUGGGUUGGAGUCUCAACAGCAGCAGAGUUGUGUGCGGGAUGCUUGGCUUUCCAGAGGCUGUCCAGCACAAUGUCAAAACGUACAAGAAAAUAUGGGAUGCCAAAGUUGCAGAUCCUUCAACAAGACUGAGCAUUAUGGCAAAGAAGAAGGGAUUCUGGGUAGAGAAAGUACACUGUCUGGGCAGUGAGAACAGCCUGUCAGAGUGCCAUGCUCAGCUGUCAAUCCCCCGUAGCCCCACCCCCUGUAAGAAUGGGAGGCAUGCAGUGGUCAAGUGUGUGCCGGGACCUCAGUUCGCUCGCAUCUCCUCAGGAAGACCCCAGGCCCCUUAUCCAGUUGUGCCUGUUCGUCUGAAGGCCGGCCCCAGGCUGGGUGAAGGUCGUGUGGAGGUGCUCCGAGAUGGAAAGUGGGGGACCAUUGUGGACCACAUGUGGGAAAGAACUGCAGCCAGUGUGGUGUGCAGAGAACUGGGCUUCGGUACUGCCAAGGAUGCCCUGCAUGGAGCCUUUAUGGGUCAAGGUACAGGACCUAUCCAUAUGAACAGUGUCCAGUGUAUGGGGACAGAGCGCUCCAUCCUAGACUGCUAUUUCCAGGAAGUCCAACCGUGGACAUUCAAACACAGCCAGGAUGCCUCAGUACGCUGUAACGUCCCUAAGACUGGCAUAGAGAACACGGUGCGGCUGACUGGUGGUAGAGUUCCAUCGGAAGGCCGUGUUGAGGUGUUGAUGGAGGUUGGGGGCCGUAAGCGUUGGGGCUCUGUCUGCAGUGAGAACUGGAGCAUCGAUGAAGCCAUGGUGGUGUGCAGACAGCUGGGUCUGGGCUUCGCUGCCAGUGCACAUCAGGAGACCUGGUACUGGUCUGGUGACCCAAAUGCAGCUGAUGUGAUUCUCAGUGGAACUCACUGUGUCGGCACAGAGCUUUCGAUUCAACAGUGUCGCCGCAACAACCAUGUCCACUGCCCUCGGGGAGGUGGAACUAAAGCUGCUGGGGUCAGCUGCUCAGAAACGGCACCUGACCUUGUUCUGGAUGCCCAGCUGGUCCAGGAGACAGCCUACCUGGAAGACAGACCCCUCCACCUGCUGACCUGUGCACAUGAAGAGAACUGUCUGUCUUCCUCCGCUGCCAGGAUGAACUGGCCCUAUGGCCAUCGACGCCUGCUGCGCUUCUCUUCACGCAUCAUGAACCUGGGCAGAUCCGAUUUCAGACCCAAAGCAUCAAAGGAGAGCUGGACAUGGCACCAGUGUCACAGGCACUACCACAGCAUCGAGGUGUUCACGCAUUACGACCUGCUGACUCUGAAUGGCACGAGGGUUGCAGAGGGACACAAGGCCAGUUUCUGUCUGGAGGACACUUACUGCCCUGAAGGACUCCAGAAGCGGUUCUCCUGCUACAACAUGGGUGACCAGGGUAUCUCUGUGGGCUGCUGGGAUACUUAUCGCCACGACAUCGACUGUCAGUGGGUUGACGUGACAGAUGUACGGCCAGGAGACUACAUCUUCCAGGUGGAAGUCAACCCCUCAAUGGACAUGGCUGAGUCUGACUUUAUGAACAACGUCAUGAGAUGUCGGUGCAAGUACGAUGGCCACAGAGCUUACAUGUAUGGAUGUCAUGCAGGAGAUGCAUACAGUGCAGAGAUUGAAGACCUGUUUGAGCACCAGAGGCAAAUCACCAACAACUUUGUGUAGCCCGUCCCUGGGCCCAGUACGAAGGCCUUCCAGUGGGGCCCAGACACUUCUCAGGGUGGACUGAGGUUGACGGCCCCAGGCUCUUGGGACCUUAAGACCCACAAUAUCAGAGGACACGCAAAAUGGCGCCUGUCCAUCUCCUUGGCAGAUGUGGAUAAAAUAUUCAUGAGCACAUCAUAUCACAUCACAUCACAUCACAGACGCGACCAUCGCACAGACUCCAUUCUCAACUCAAACAGCCAAUGACAACAAGAGUGGAGCAGGUGCCUGUCAGCUCAACAUGUUUUUUUUACUCUAGUUAAGUAAGAGUAUAUUGGAUAUUGGUUCAAACUAUAAUGUUUUUUUGUGAAUGAGGACUACUAGUAACUUAAGUUAGUUAUUCAAAACAUAUACGCAUGAAAGACCUUAAAGUUGCUAUAACUAAUCUGUCGCAAAGACAAUGGGGAAGCCGGUGCUGUUGGGAAAUCGUAUUCCCAAGAUAAAAGAUAUAAAAAAACUGAAAAAAAUAAAAUAAAAUAAUGAGUAUAAAAAUAUGAGUUUACUUAAUUUCUGUUGCAAAAAACAGCAACUAAUCUAAUGCACAAGCAGAAAAAACUAGUAUAAUUUUUAGGCAUUAUUUUAUCCAGACUCUAUACUUAUUGGAUCAUCUGUUAAGGUUGUACUCUUACAUUACUUCAAUAUCGGUGCACCUUGUGAAUACUGUAUGUUAUUAUAUAAACCUCACUAAGUUUCAGGUAAACAGUGUUGUACAAUGCAUUUUUGGGUAUUUUUUUUAACAGUUAAUCAGGUAUUUUUAUUGCUUUGGCUUUAACAAAAUCAUUGUUUUAUGAAAGUUUGGUCAUCCUACAAAGCAAAGAUUUGCUUCUCAUCUAGAUUAGGUAAGAAAAGUUCAAAUGGAACAAAGCACUUUAUCUAUUUAACAUCAGUAUUCUAGUUUUGCCCCGUACUUCUUUUUUUUUUCCCAAUUAGCCACCGAAUUCACAUUUUAGGAUGUUUAUCCAAAAAAUGAUACAUUAUUGUUUUGACAUGUCAGACAGUGAAAUAUAAGGUUUGUGUUAAGUUUUCAUAUGCAAUGUACUAUUUAUUUAUUCACACAUACACAGCAUACUCAGUGUCAGCUAGAGUUUAACUUUCAUUUAAAAGACUGAUUUUUUUUUUUUCUUUUUCUGACAUAAAUUAAAUUUGGAGAAAAAAUAAUUUCAUAGUUACAGAACAUAUAAUUAGAAAACGUCCCCAUGAUGCAGAUGAAUAAUUGUUGAUUUAUUUUAUUUUAGUUAUUAAAACAACUGUAAGUGUACAGUCGUUUCUCUUUCAGCCUCCCUGAUGGGAGAGAAAACCAGCCUGACAAAACCACAGUAUUGUGGUAGGCAGGCAGGCUGGGUUUUGAGAGCAUAUAAAAAGCCUUUUAAUUAUGUCUGUUUGGGUUAGACUUAAGGUUACGGUUAAGGUUAGGACUAUAGCAUGUGCUUUAUAAAAAAAACACCAUGGUAUUGUUGCUUAUGGAAGCACGGAAAGAGAAAGAAUCUGCACUUUCAUCUUUACGCAAACUGAAAGACAGAUUCUGAGUUUCUAAGAGGUUAAGUUGAGGGUGACAGUGAAUGAAAGAAAGACUUAGAAAGUGACAAAGAAUGGGAUUAAGUUUGGAGAAAGACUUAUGCAGAUAUACACUUUUUACUACCAGAGCUGCAUUUUUGUAGACCACAGGCAGGCAUUUUCAGCUCCCCAAAGAGAACAACAUGUUUGUCUGGGAGAAAAAAUAAACUCCUCAAUCCAUGUACCAACACAGUAAACAGGGGCCUUAUUUGUGCUAAACCCUUGGCCUGCUAAAACAUACUGUGUUUUUCUACAUCUCUGCUGAAUAACUUUUAAGCUCCCCAUCAAACAAUGAUGCAACUGCAUUUCUUUACAACAUGGAACUUGUGUUAAUCAUGUUGUUUUAGUCUAUUCACGUGUUUGAUGCGGUUGAAGAUGGUUUUCUGAUGGACAGUUUCAAAGACAUGUCAUAGAAAGGACGCGCCACUCAUAAAGACAACUGUAGACGUUAAUUCCUUUCACAGAUUGUCAUCCUCCUCACUGGACCCUCUUAACUUUGACUCCAUGAAUAAGGUUUAGAAAGAAUUGUAGCUUUUAUAAGCAUUAAAACCUGCAUUUCAAAUUCAGCCCCAUCACUAAAAAUGAUAAAAAAAAUGUUGAAAGUCUAACUGGAGUGUUUGCUGAUAUGCUUUUCUGUUGUUUUGUGCUUGUGUACAGUUGCUAUUGACAUAUUAUUAUGGUCUGUUCUAUGUGUUAUUUAAAAUUGUAUGCCAUUCCAUAUCUUAAGUUGGUUCAUAUUCACUACACUCAUCAUAUUACUGUAUGUGCACCCAUGCUGUAGUAUUGGGAUAUUGUUUUCCAUGGCCAGUCCUGCUUAUAUUUUGUCUUUAAAGCUGAGAGUGUGAGUGCUUAUCUACAAUCAUAUUCAUAGAAAGCUGUGCUCUCAGGGACUUUGACCUCAUCUACAGAGUAAAAAGAACAUUUCAUGUGAUGUGAUUUAAGUUACUUUUAGCUGUGAUGCAUACAUGACGACGCCAGAUGAACUGGGGCUGUUUGUUUGUUUUUUGACAGCACUCUUACAAAAGUAAUCUGUACCCACAUGUUUAUUUUGCUGUUAAAAAUGUAAGGUAUGAAGGUGAUAAGCUUAGUUGCAUUUUUCCUUGAGGAAUGUUGGGAUGACUGUGGAUAGACACUGGCUGGGUCAGACGCAAAUAUCAGUUAAAGAACAAAUCACAAUCCAUUCAUUCAUCAUUACUGUGAAUCAAUAAAACUUCAUCACAUACUAAGCUA